CGUGUGCUCCCAUAUCUCCUGUGUAUUUUUUGGGGUGUGUGUGCGUUUGUGUGUGUAUUUAAAAAAAGACAAGAGGAGUGUGUGUUUGUGCCCUCGCAGUACAGAGGACUGAUAACUGACCGGGAUGCAUCAGCUGCCAGUGGUGACCUUAGUGCUGGUGGCGCUCUGCUCUCUGGGGAGCGUCGACUCUUCAGCCUAUGACAAGAUAGUCACCCACAGCCGCAUACGGGCCAGGAAGGAAGGACCCAAUGUGUGCGCGCUGCAGCAGGUCGUGGGCACCAAGAAGAAGUACUUCAGCACAUGCAGGAACUGGUACAAAGGCUCCAUCUGUGGCAAGAAGGCUGUGGUCCUAUACGAAUGCUGUCCUGGGUACAUGAAGCUGGAGGGCAUGAGAGGAUGCCCUGCAGUGGCUCCUAUUGACCAUGUGUAUGGCACGCUGGGGCUUGUAAAGGCUACAAACACACAGCAAUACUCCGAUGUGUCCAAGCUGAGAGAGGAAAUCGAGGGCAAAGGUUCCUUCACCAUGUUCGCGCCAAGCAACGAUGCCUGGGAUCAGCUGGAGCCUAAUGUACGUGCGGCACUGGAGAGCAACGUGAACAUCGAAUUGUACAACGCUCUUCACUUUCACAUGGUGAACCGUCGUCUUCUGACAAAAGACCUGAAGAACGGCAUGAGUCUCACUUCCAUGUACAAUGACCUGGGGCUCUACAUCAACCACUAUUCAAAUGGGGUUGUGACAGUGAACUGUGCCAGGAUCAUCCAUGCUAACCAGGUGGCCACAAACGGUGUGGUACAUGUGAUCGAUCGGGUAAUCAGCGCUGUGGGUAACACCAUCAAGGAAGUCCUGGACGUCAACGAUGAGCUCUCCUCUUUCAGCGCUGCAGCCUUAGCAUCUGAUAUGAUGGACAAGCUGGACCAGCCUGGCCAAUAUACUUUGUUCGCUCCAACUAAUGAAGCCUUUGACAAACUGAGCCCAGGCUACCUGGAGCGUAUCAUGGCAGACAAGACUGUUAUUGCAGCUCUGGUGAACUAUCACCUGUUGAACAGCGUCCAGUGUGCAGAAGCCAUCAUGGCAGGAUCCGUGUACGAGACAGAGGAGGGCAGCACCAUCGAGAUUGGCUGCGAUGGCGACAGUCUGACUGUCAAUGGCAUCAAGAUGGUGCUGAAGAAAGACAUUGUGGCUUCCAAUGGCGUCAUCCACCUCAUAGACCAGGUGCUCGUCCCUAACUCAGCCAAGGAAGUGAUGGAGCUUAUGGGACAAUCCCAGAGCACUUUCAUCGACUUGAUGUCCGAACUCGACUUAGCUGCUGCUCUGGGUCCGAAGACAGAGUACACACUGCUCGCUCCUCUCAACACUGCCUUCACUAAUGAGGUGAUGUCAACAGACCAGAGCCUGCUGAAAAUCAUUCUGGAAAACCACAUCUUGAAGCUGAAAGUCACCCUGAGCGAGCUCUACAACGGACAGCUGCUGGAAACAAUUGCUGGCAAACUGCUCAGAGUCUUCAUUUACCGCACUGCUGUGUGCAUAGAAAAUGCAUGUAUGACACGUGGAGGUAAGGAGGGAAGCAACGGGGCCCUCCAUCUUAUGAAGUCUAUCAUCAAACCGGCCGACAAAACCCUCUACGAGCUCUUGAUUGCUGACGGACGCUUCAAGAUUUUCCUGACGCUGAUGGAGACAGCAGGUCUGGAUGAGCUGCUGAAGCAGGAAGGCUCCUACACCAUCUUUGCACCAACUGACGAUGCCUUUGAUGGCCUCAGUAAAGAGGACUUUGCUCUUCUGAAAAGUGACGUGAAUGCUUUGAGAACCAUUCUCCUCUACCACUUCAGUAAUGGUGUCUUCAUCAAUGGAGGAUUAGAGGGAGGAGUGACCAACCUGCUCAAAACCUUCCAGGGCAACAACCUGCAAGUUAUAUCUGUAAACAACUCUAUCCAUGUGAACUCUGUGGACGUGCCAGACAGCGACCUGAUGGCAACAAACGGAGUGAUCCAUGUGGUGAAGAAUGUUCUGUAUCCUGGGGACCUUCCUGUGGGCCGUCAGGACCUCCUGGUCCUCCUGAGGAAGCUGAUUAAGUACAUCCAGAUACAGUUUGUUUCUGGAUUUUCUUAUGCUGAGAUCCCUCUUACCUUCCUCAAGAGAACCAUCACAACUACUACUUAUUUUGAGGUACCUGAUUCAACAAAGGUGAUCAGAGUCAUUGAAGGAGAGCCGACUAUCACCAAGGUAACGAGAGUCAUAGAGACUGAGCCAACAGUCACUGAGGUGGUGGUCGAGGGCGAGCCUGUGAUCACCAAGGUAACGAGAGUCAUCGAGGGAGAUCCUGCACUCACUAAGGUGACCCGAGUUAUCGAGGGGGAACCUUCACUCACCAAAGUGACCCGAGUUAUUGAAGGGGAUGCUUCCGUCACCAAAGUGACCCGAGUUAUUGAAGGGGAUGCUUCCCUCACCAAAGUGACCCGAGUCAUCGAGGGGGAACCUUCACGCACCAAAGUGACCAGGGUCAUCGAGGGGGAACCUUCACGCACCAAAGUAACCAGGGUCAUCGAGGGGGAUCCUUCACGCACCAAAGUAACCAGGGUCAUUAAGGGAGAGCCUACUAUUACCAAAGUUACCAGAGUUAUUGAGGGUACGGAGGUUGAUGCAGAUGGAAAGAGGAUUACGGGUGGAGCCAGAUACGCCACGGCGAACGAGCCUCAGAUCAUUGAGGGUCCAGACUUCUCCAGGAUCACCACCAUCCACGGCAACCCAAAUCUGAUUGAUGAGGAAUCAGAGAGAAUCACCAAAAUCAUUCAAGAGGGAGGCAGAUUCGCUGCUGCCAGGAAAGCUCCAGCUGGAAUGAAGAGGAGAGCAAGGCUGGUCAGGCGUCACCACAAACCAAGGGAGUGAAUAGAGCAGAGAGAAAACACCUUCGGGCUCACCGCAGAGACUGAAUGCUUCUCCGGCGCUCCUGGUUGAGUGCUGGACGAUUGAAAAACUGUGGACCAUUAGGGAGAGAGCAAAUAGAGCUAGAAAUUUCUUUGUCCAAACCGCCAUUAAGAAUGAUUGUUUACUAUUCCAUCUGGACCAUACUGUAUGUGAUAGGCAUGAUGUGAAAUUAGAAUACCCUUUUUGUAAGUAAUGUAAGCGUGCAAGUAAAAUAUGGCUCUUCGCCAUGGGUAAUUGUGGGUGAAAGGUGAGAUAUAUUCUACCACUGAGAGAUAUUUUUUACAGGUUUUCUUUUUUUUUUUCUUUUUUUUUUUUAACCAGUCACUUUGUAAACAGAUAGCUUGGGAAGACUUUUUGUAUGCUUUUUAUGGUGCUCGCAUUCAGUACAAUGGAUGCAUUUUAAUGAAACAGUGUUUUGCUUCCAUUAGAUUUUGUACUGUACCUCUGUAAAUUAUCACAUGGUAAUUAAAAAAAAGUUACAAUA